AAGGCAGAGAUGCGGCACACUUGCCGUGGCACCAUCAACCUGGCCACAGCCAACAUCACCGUGGAGGACUCCUGCAACUUCAUCAUCUCCAACGGCGGGGCGCAGACCUACCACCUGAACGCCAGCUCGGAGGUGGAGCGGCAACGCUGGGUCACCGCCCUGGAGCUGGCCAAGGCCAAAGCUGUCAAGAUGUUGGAGGAAUCAGAUGACUCUGGCGACGAGUCGGUGUCGCAGACGGACAAGACGGAGCUGCAGAGCACGCUGCGCACCCUGUCCAGCAAGGUGGAGGACCUGAGCACCUGCAACGACCUGAUCGCCAAGCACGGCACGGCCCUGCAGCGAUCCCUCAGCGAGCUGGAGACCCUCCGGUUGCCCGCCGAGAGCACCGAGAAGAUCAAGCAAGUGAACGAACGCGCCACCCUCUUCCGCAUCACCUCCAACGCCAUGAUCAACGCCUGCCGGGAUUUUCUGAUGCUGGCGCAGACCCACAGCAAGAAGUGGCAGAAAUCGCUGCAGCACGAGCGGGACCAGCGCAUCCGACUGGAGGAGACGCUGGAGCAGCUGGCCAAGCAGCACAACCACCUGGAGAGAGCUUUCCGCGGUGCCACCGUCCUCUCCGCCAGCGCGCCCGGCACCAGCGGCUCUGCCAAAGAUCCGUGCUGCCCCGCAAAAGGAGACCUGAGCGAUGAGGACGAUGACAACGAGUUCUUCGACGCCCCAGAGAUCAUCACCGUACCAGAGAGCAUGGGUCACAAGCGCACCGGCAGCAACAUUAAAAAAAGUGACAUCGGCCUGGACGAGCAGUACAAGCAUCAGGUAGAGGACACCAAGAAGGAGAAGAGAACCCGCAUCCCCUACAAACCCAACUACAGCCUCAACCUCUGGAGCAUCAUGAAAAACUGCAUCGGGAAGGAGCUGUCCAAGAUCCCCAUGCCGGUCAACUUCAACGAGCCCCUGUCCAUGCUGCAGCGCUUGACAGAAGACCUGGAGUACCACGAGCUCCUCGACCGCGCGGCCAAAUGCGAGAGUUCCCUGGAGCAGCUGUGCUACGUGGCUGCCUUCACCGUCUCCUCCUACUCCACCACCGUUUUCCGCACCAGCAAACCCUUCAACCCCCUCCUGGGGGAGACCUUCGAGCUGGAUCGGCUGGAGGAGAACGGGUACCGCUCCCUCUGCGAGCAGGUGAGCCACCACCCCCCGGCUGCCGCCCCCCACGCCGACUCCAAACACGGCUGGACGCUUCGGCAGGAAAUCAAAAUCACCAGCAAAUUUCGGGGCAAAUACCUCUCCAUCAUGCCUCUGGGUACCAUCCACUGCGUCUUCAACUCUUCGGGCAACCACUACACAUGGAAAAAGGUCACAAACACCGUGCACAACAUCAUCGUGGGCAAGCUCUGGAUAGACCAGUCGGGUGAAAUCGAGAUCGUCAAUCACAAGACGGGUGACAAGUGCAACCUCAAGUUCGUCCCUUACAGCUACUUCUCACGGGACGUGGCGAGGAAGGUCACCGGGGAGGUGAUGGACCCCACGGGGAAGGUGCAUUUUGUCUUGCUGGGCACCUGGGAUGAGAAGAUGGAUUGCUACAAGGUGACGCUGGGCAGUGGGGACAACGGAGCGGAGGGUCGGCAGAGAGCCCACGAGGCCGAGGACAGCCGGGUGCUGCUGUGGAAGAGGAACCCACUCCC